GAUAGUAUUUGUAAACGAGAUGCAACACCGGAACCGCAAGCAAUGCAUUUUUCACCGGGAACUGCUGCAACGGAUGCAAAAAUGGAACGAAAAUUGAAAGUCCUGAAAAAAAGAGAUGAAUUAAGAAAGGCAGAACGAAGUAUGAGACGAAGUUUAUCGCAUGGCAACAUCGAUUUUCGUGCAACCGAGCAAGAAUUUCUGGGCUCCACGGAUCAUUUGGUUUCAGAACGAGAGCAUGGUGGUGCCGAUGCUUCGUCAUUACAAUAUCUUCGUUAUAGUAGCACUCCACAUGUUGAUUAUGAUAGGCCAGAAAACGUUACAUACGUUGUUUCGGCAGCAAAAACCGGCCAAGAUACGCAAAAACCCGAAGGUUUCAAUUAUUCUGUGAAAUCCUGA